UACGGGUAGGGGAAAAGACGCAACGACCACCGUUGUUAGAGAGAAGCUGCACACAUCCUCCGUGCUUCUCUACGCUCCGCUAAACCACACACACAGGAUUAAUGGAUGCGAACCGUAACAACAGCAUCAAAGGAAAGAAACCGAACAACAACAACAGCAAUAACAAUCCCAACAUGGUGGAGAGCGAGAGUAAAUACCUGCCGGAGCUGCUGGCGGAGAAGGACAGCCUGGACGCGUCUUUCACUCACGCCAUGAAACUGCUCGCUGCAGAGAUUGAACGGAUUCAGAAAGGUGAGCCGAAAAAAGAUGGCGAGACGUACCUGGAUCUGUUUACUGCCAAAAACGUCCGGGUGAAAGAACGAGUGCUUAUUCCUGUCAAGCAGUAUCCUCGGUUCAACUUUGUGGGGAAGAUUCUCGGACCCCAGGGCAGCACCAUCAAAAGACUGCAGGAGGAAACUGGGGCAAAGAUCUCAGUCCUGGGCAAGGGCUCAAUGAGGGACAAGAACAAGGAAGAAGAGCUUAGGAAGGGAGGAGAGCCCAAAUACGCUCACCUGUCCAUGGAGCUGCAUGUGUACAUUGAAGUGUUUGCGCCGAUCCCUGAAUGUUACCUUCGUAUGGCUCACGCUAUGGAAGAGGUCAAGAAGUUCCUCAUGCCUGUGGACAAUAUGGAAGAGAUGCACCAGGAUCCUUUCAUGGAUGUGGGAUAUUUGAAUGGUGCCCAGGAUGCGCCCACACGCGGCCGUGGAGGCCCUGGCCGGGGUCGCGGUGGCCCACCACUUCCCAUGCCCGGAGCCAGGGGUCGCGGCAUGCUCCCUCGUGGUGGUGCCCCUCGUGGCGGUGCCCCCAGAGGAGGCCCAGGAAGAGGUGGAGCAGCUAGAGGAGCACCCGUGGGCAGGGGCGGACACCCGUCUGCUUCUUCUAAUCGUGGAGGUGCUGCUGGACGCUCCCGCCCCCCAGCUGCCUCACAGAGGAUGGCACCUGCACCCGCGCUCUCUCAUCAGCAGCAUCAAGCGCCAGAGUCGUAUGAGGAAUACUCAUAUGAAGAGAACUACGCCGAAACUCCUUAUGAAGGUUAUGAAAACUAUUACAGCCAGUCAGCACCACAGGGGGAAACUGAAUACUAUGACUACGGCCAUGGUGAGGCUCAGGAGAACUACGAAUCGUACGCUGAAGACGAUUGGGAGGGUGCUGCUUGGGGCAGCGGCGGAGGCAAAGCUCCUCCUGCCCGCCAGAAUAAAGGCAACUACCGUGAACACCCGUAUGGAAGAUUCUGAGACGUGACACUCACUCGGGUUGCCAGGGCAACCGCCUCCAAUUGUAACUCCUUUUAACAGCUCAAAGUAAUUUUUAGACAUUGAUAUUUUGUCCUUGUUUUUGUUUUUUAUAAAUAUAUUAUUUUAAUAGUAUUCUGGUAAAAGCUUUUUUUUUCCCCUUGCUGCAUUAAGUAAUAUGCUCAGAGUUUGGUUUUAGCGCUUCAUCUUUGCGUUUGUUGGCUUGUGCAGUAUGCGUGCUGAGAUUUUCAUUUAUUUUUGAAUAUGUAGUUAUUUUGGAUAAAAAGUAAAGGCCUGGUUGAUUCCUACAAAUAGUCAAUCAACUUUUGCGCAAAAAGUGUAUUGUGAUCCUUUCGGAAAAAAAAGAUUCAACGGUUAUGAAAGUGUUUAAAAGCCGCUGUACAAUCCCUAACACUAAAAGCCAACCUUAAACCUGACGGGUAUAGACGAGUGAGCUAUUUGACAAGUUGAACUGAAUCCAGAAUUUACUCUGAAGAAAUAAAAUGUUCAAUUUCAGGCGCAGUAUUUUGUUCAAAAGGAUAAAAAAAAAGUCAAAUCCCGUUGAUUUAUGAACUUUCUCUUUGUAAUGGAAAAAAUGUGGCCAGUUUAAACUUGUAUAUAAGUUACCAAUGGCUAAUCGUUUUAUUUUGCUGUCUAUAGAUUUUUUUUUUUCACCAAAAUACUUGUGUUCGUUGCCUAAAUAGGGAACUAAACAUGUUUUUUCUGUAGUAUUUCAGUCAAUAAAGCGCAGUCUUGUUUUCCAGCUAACAAAA